CCAUUCUGCAUUAAUAAAUAUCAUCUGUCGCCCAAAACAUAAGUCGUUUACUCCGGAAGUUGUCUGGGGACUUUUGCUAAGUUUUGCUUUUGGGCAAUAACGUGUGGUGGAAUCUAAUAAUCUGAAACAAUGCAGAAAUUCAUAAUACUGAAUGCAGUAUGUUUCAUGUUGUGUACUGGUUUUCGGUUAAGAAGGAGUAUCCAGUGUAGCUACUCUCAUGAAUGUACUACAACCGCUUCCUGCUGUAGAGAUGCUAACGGUAAUGCACGUCCUGAAUUUGGAGGUGGCCUUGGUGGCUUUGGAAACUCACCUAGUGGAACUUGCUCAAGUACUCUUGGUGAGCAAGGGGCUUCUUGCAGUUCUUCUUGUGGUUGUAAAUCAGGUUUCACAUGUUAUGUGCCAAUGAGUGGAGCAUGCUGUCCUCCGGCAUUAUGUUAUGAUUCCAUCUGGGUGAAACAGCAACAACUGUACUGGGCAAAUUGUCGUCCACCAAAAUGUAUUAUUCCUAUGUAAAAGGGGUCAUUCUAUAACAUAAUAAAGUAUAACAGCUCGUG